UAAUCCACCGCUUUCGAUCUCUCUCUGAAAGUGAGAUUGCCAUUUAAUAUUAUUUGAUUAUCAUUAAUAUAACAAUCACAUAAAUAGCUUAACCUUUUUCAAUCUCUCUGAACCACCAGUUUCAAUCUCUCUGAACCAACACCAUUUAUGAUGAUCCUCUCUCUGUCUCUCUGUCUCUCUAAAAUUGAUCUGCUCUCUCUCUAAAGUCCCAAAAAGACGAUGCCUGCGGCUCACCAAGAGGGGAUCUGAGUAAGAGCUGCGCUUUUUUCUCUCUGUGUCGUUUGUCUCUCUACACUAAAUAUUACCAUGAGUUAACGCCUGUAGGAGUCACGUUCCUCUGCAUUUUCCUGCAAAAAGUUUCUACUUUUCACCAUUCUUUCUCCUUCUCACCCCCUCUCUCUUUCCCACGAAUAUAUAUCUGUAAAAAGUCUCUCUUUCUACAUAGAGAAAUCCAUAACAAGUUCAUAUUUUGAUCUUCAUUUACUCUCUCUGAAAUUGCUAUUUGUAAAAUCCUGAUUCAGUGUAACCAUUCUUUCUUUCUUCACGCACCACUUUCCAUUUCUCUUAUAUCUUCUCAUCCUCAAAGGUCCCCAUCUCUCCCUGCAUUCUCAUCCUCAAAAAUCCCCAUCUCUCCCUCCAUUCUCAUCCUAAAAAAUCCCAUUAUCUUUGUUGCUCCUCUCUCUCUAUGUCUCUUCCUAAAAAUCUCUUUAUACUUCCAUUUUUCUAUAGCCAUUUCCUUCCAUCUCUAGUGUGCUUUCCUCUAUAGAGGUUCCCUGCAUUUAGCCCCUUUUUUCCACAUAUUCUCAUGGAUUCCUUCUCCAUAAACAAACCCAACAAGCUCACUUCUCGAAACCCCAGAACCAAAAUCUUAUGGUGCUCGUGCAUAUGUCUCUCUCUGUUGAUUCUAAUCGUACUAUUAAUUCUGAUUCUUGCGUUCACUGUUUUUAGAGCUAGACACACCACCACCACUGUAAACUCCAUUAGAUUAGCAGGCCUCGACGUGUCCCUCGAUAUACCCAGACUAAGGGUCAGUUUAAAUGUGAGCCUUGACCUGAACGUCUCUUUAAAGAACCCCAACAAAGCUAGCUUCAAAUAUGGGAACAGCACAACCAUGUUAUAUUACAGGGGAGGCCUAGUUGGGGAGGCUUCAAUUCCAUCGGGUGAGAUAUUUGCGGGCGAGACUGAGGUGAUGAAUUUGACCCUAACCAUUUUAGCCGAUCGCCUUCUCUCUGAUUCUUAUAUUUAUUCAGACGUUGUUAAUGGUUCAUUGCCUUUGACCACUUACACGAGGAUUUCUGGGAGAGUUACAGUCAUGCGGUUAUUUAAGCAUCACUUGGUUUCUUAUGCUUAUUGUGAUGUUUCAAUUUCGAUUAGGGACCAGAAAAUCGAGAAUUCAAGUUGUAGGUACAGGAAUAAGCUUUGAUCAUUUCUGGGCUUGUUUUUUUUGGAUGAAAGAACUUGGGUUGAUUUGUUAUUUUUAUUUUUUAUUAUGGAGUUUUAAGAAAUUAGUUUCACUUUUUGCUGAUGUAUAUGCGUGUAUCCAAGUGUAGAGGUUCCAAUACUCAUUGAAUUUUGUAAGUAAGGUUCCCAUUGCUUGCUCAUGUAAUGACUGGAUAUUGAAGAUAGAAUGAACAAAAAUAAAACAGAUUGAUAUUUUAUUAUUGUUAGCUUCAUUUUACUGUAUCAUGGUGGUUUAUUGAUUUGUGACUUGAA